AUGUGUCCAGCACUUUUAGAAAAUGAAGAACGUUGUUUUGGUGGAAUGACAUUCUUUGCCCAAAGUCAUCCGGUUGAACUUUGUGGCAGUAAUGGUUUGCCUCUUACACCAAAUUCAAUAACUAUAUAUGGAAAAUCUCAAUUUUUAAAAACUAUUCACCAUCCAUAUUUAUCUACUUACCUUGAUAUAAUUAGAAGCAAACAUGAACGGAUAGUAGUUGUUACAGAGUAUAAUGGAGACCCAUUGAGCAGUAAAGAAAACUUAACUGUUGAUGAUAUUAUCAAAAUAGCAUUUCAAUGUUUAUUAGGUUUACAACAUAUGAAUACGUUAGGUUUGGUACAUAGACACUUAAGCCCUGAAAAUAUACUCAUUAAUACAAGUGGAAAUGUACAAUUAUAUAAUUUUGGAUUAUACUAUAUGACAGACAGUGGAAAAAAUGUAUCUUUUCCUAUUGGAUACCCAAAAUAUACUGCACCUGAAAUAUUUUUAAGUUCAGGUGUUAGUAGCCCAAAAGUGGAUUCUUGGUCUUUAGGAAUGAUUAUAGCAGAAUUGUUAAUAGGAAAAUUAAUCUGGCCAAAUGUGAAAUUAUCCCAAUGUUUGCGAAAAGUUCUUAGUUUGAUACAUUGCGAAACUUCUGUGUUUGAACGUAUUGCAAGAGAAAAUAAUUGUUAUAAUGUUUACAAGGAAUUACCUGAUGAGGUAAAAGAAUUUAUAGACUCCUGCCUUCAAAUUCAUCCCUCAAAACGUAAAACACCAGAGGAGUUAUUGAAACUUACAAUAUUUGACAAUUUUUUACUGAAAAAUGAAAAAGAUAAAGAAGAAAAUCUUUAUAAAAAUGUUAUAGUUAGAAAAAUGGAUGAGUUGUAUUAUUUGUGGCAAUUAGCAGGUGGAGAUAUUACUGGAGAGCUAAAAAAGCAAGGACUUAUUAGAUCAACACCACCUAUCUUAUCUAUUCCAAAUUUGGUAAUACUUUUAGGUCAAAUGUUUGGUCAAAGAGACACAGCAAGCCUGCUUGAUUUGCGCAUAGUCAAAAUUCCUCUUGAGACACUGCGUCAACGUCUAUCUCACAUUCCAUAUAUAGCAAAUUACCCCUGGUUAACAAGUCAAAUGCAUAUUCAGUUACAAGAAGAUUUAAUAGAUGCUGCUUCACAAUUACCUUUAAUUAUCAGAGAAAGGGAUACAGAAUAUCAAUUUUAUAGAGUUGUUUUGUAUGAUAGAUUACUACAGGUUUAUCCGAUUACUCGAGAAGCGAUCAUUGAAGAAGCGCACAAAGAUAUACCUCCACCUGUUAGAGGGGCCGUUUGGGCAGCAUUGCUUGGUAUCACUGGUGAUAUUCAGAAACGUUAUGAUAUGAUUGAUAAAGAUACACCUACUCAUACAGAUAGACAAAUAGAGGUAGAUAUACCAAGAUGUCAUCAGUACAGUGAAUUAUUAUCCUCUGGUGCUGGCCACGAGAGGUUACAGAGAUUGCUUAAAGCCUGGGUUAGAAAUAAUCCUCAUUAUGUUUAUUGGCAAGGAUUAGAUUCGUUAACUGCUCCGUUUCUUUAUCUGAAUUUUAAUAACGAAGCUAGAGCAUUUGAAUGUCUGUCCGCAUUUAUACCGAAAUAUCUUCAUAAAUUCUUUCUGAAAGAUAAUUCUGCCAUCAUACAAGAAUAUUUAGGAAAAUUCUCACAAAUAAUAGCCUUUCAUGAUCCUCAAUUGGCAAAUCAUCUUAGAUCGAUUAACUUUGUACCAGAAUUGUUUGCUAUACCCUGGUUUUUAACAAUGUUUUCGCACGUAUUUCCACUUCACAAAAUAUUGCAUUUGUGGGAUAAACUAUUAUUGGGAGAUUCAUCAUUUCCGCUUCUUGUUGGUUUAGCAAUAUUAAAACAAUUACGUGAUUCUCUUUUAACUUCUGGUUUUAAUGAGUGUAUUCUUCUAUUUUCUGAUCUCCCUGAAAUUGACAUAGAGCUAUGCGUUAAAGAUUCUAUGACAAUGUAUCAAAUGACACCACCUAGUAUAACUUAUAGAAAACAUCAGUUUAACCAGCCUAAGGAUGUAAAUUGGUCUGAACCAGAACCAGGAACUGAACAAAUGCCGAGAAUUAGCGUUGAUGAUUUUAUGAAUUUAUUAGAUAACGAUCCCGAGAGAUUAAUAUCAGUAGAUAUUCGUAAUAAUAUGCAAUUUGAAAGAGGUGCUGUAUUAGGAAGUAUUAACAUUCCAUUUACUAGCGUACAACUUUCUCAAACUCAUAUUGAAACUCUUGGGCCACAUGCUAAACCAUUCGCUGAGAGUAAAAACAGUAUUGUUGUAAUUAUUGGACCUCAUGAUCAAAAUAAUGCAUUGUUUGCAGAUUUUCUUGUGAAAUGUGGAAUUACUGGUGUAUGUUCAUUGCAAGGAGGAAUUUAUGCCUUACGAAAAAAAUUUCCAAACAUUAUAAUGGCUGCACGUUGAUAAUAACAGAUAAAUAUACAUGUAAAUAAAUUAUUCUCGAACCAAAAAGUUCGUCCAGUUUUCAAGUGUUAUAAACACAUACAUAUUAUAUAUACAUACACAUUAUUUCAAUUAUAAAA